AUGGAGAAAUUAAUGAAACAUUUAUCCAAAAUAAGGAUACCGCAGAAAAAUGAUAAAAUAUACAAGGAUGAAUGUGUUUAUUCUUUUGAUACACCAGAUACUUGUACUGGUCUGUAUAUUAAUCUUACUACGUUCUUGGGAUUAGGUCAGGAUUAUAUACAACAUUAUUAUCAAUUAACAGAAAAUCCUAUAUUUUUACAUAUUAAAAGGAGAAGGAAAGAAAUUCCUUCUAAACACCAAGGAGAUGGUCCUGAAAAGAAAAUUACUAGAUUAGCAAUAGGAACAGCUGAUGGAUUUACACCAGAUCAGCAAAAAUAUACUUAUCAUGAAUCUUAUCAAAUUAUUAUUUUACCAGAUUUUAUUACGAUACCAUAUCCAACAGAUAAUUUACCCCAAGAAGUUGAAGUUGCAAUUAAAUAUAUAUUGGAAGCAGAAUCUGCAACAAAAGUAGCUGAAGUAGAAGCAUUGACUGGAACUUGGGAUGGAGAAAUAAAAGCAAUUUCAAAACAUGCAGCAAAUCUUAAACAAUUAGAUAAUGGAAAAAAAAUACCACCCAAUGGAUGGAAAUGUGAAAAAUGUGAUUUAACUCAAAAUCUUUGGCUUAAUUUAACUGAUGGUAGUAUUUUUUGUGGACGUAAAUUUUAUGAUGGAACAGGAGGAAAUGAUCAUGCAGUUGAACAUUAUAGAGCUACAGGCUAUUCGUUAGCUGUGAAAUUAGGAACUAUAACUAAAGAAGGAAAAGCAGAUGUAUUCUCAUAUGAUGAAGAUGAUAUGGUUGAAGAUCCAAAUUUAGUAUCACAUUUAGCUCAUUGGGGUAUUAAUAUUGCCCAAAUGGAGAAAACUGAUAAAUCUAUGAUAGAACUUGAAUUAGAUCUCAAUCAAAGAUUUGGAGAAUGGGUUGCACUUCAAGAAGCAACAAGUAAAUUAACACCUUUAUAUGGACCUGGAUAUACAGGACUUGCUAACUUAGGAAAUUCUUGUUAUUUAAAUAGUGUCAUGCAAAUGUUAUUUGUGAUUCCAGAUUUUAUUAAAAGAUUUAUAGAUGGUGCAUCACAGAUAUUUCAACAAAAUUAUACCGAUCCAGCUAAUGAUUUUAAUGUUCAAAUGGCUAAACUUGGAAUUGGUUUACUUUCUGGUAAAUACUCUGAUCCAUCAGAUACAAACAAUGAACACGAAUCACGACAAGGUAUUCCGCCUCGGAUGUUUAAAACAUUAGUCGGUCGUGGACAUCCCGGAUUUUCCUCAAAUCGACAACAAGAUGCACAAGAAUUUUUUCUCCACAUCAUAAACAUAAUAAAUCGUCACAGUCGUCGUCAAAUGAAUCCAACCGAUUGUUUUAAAUUUCAAGUUGAAGAAAGGUAUCAAUGUAGUCGUUCUAACAAAGUAAAGUAUACCUAUCGUACGGAAUAUUUAUUACCACUACCAAUACCUAUAGAAACUGCUGUAAAUAAGGAUGAAGUCACAGCUUAUGAAACAUUGAAAAAUGAAACUGAAGCAAAAGGACAAAAAUUGGAUUCGAAUGCCCUUGUCAGACCACGCAUAAAACUAUCAUCUUGUUUGCAAACAUUUAUUCGACCAGAAAUAGUGGAACAAUUUUAUAGCUCAGCUUUAAAUGAAAAAACAACAGCACAAAAAACAACUAGGCUUGCUACUUUUCCGGACUAUCUAUUAAUUCAUUUAAAAAAAUUCAUGAUGAAAGAAGAUUGGACACCAGUUAAAUUAGAUGUAGCAGUUGAAAUGCCAGACAUAUUAAAUUUAAGUUCUCUUCGAGGAUUUGGUUUGCAACCUACAGAAGAAUUAUUACCAGAAACAGUUGGGACUGAACCUCCACUUAUUUAUGAUUCCGUGAUUUUAAAUCAAUUGACAGAUAUGGGAUUUCCACCAGAAGCUUGUGAAAGAGCUCUAUAUUUUACAGAAAAUCGUGGCUUAGAAGCAGCUACAAAUUGGUUAAUGGAGCAUAUUGCAGAUUCAGAUUUUGCAGAUCCUUUUGUACCUCCUGGAAUCGAUAUCAAACCAGAAAAAAAUAAAUUUAUAGCAAAUGAAGAUGCUGUAGCUAUGUUAAUGGGGAUGAGUUUCACAAGAGAACAAGCAACAAAAGCUCUUAAAGCGACUGAUAAUAAUUUAGAACGUGCAGCAGAUUGGAUUUUUAGUCAUCAAAAUGAAUUGGAUGCUUUAGAAAGUGAAAAUGAACCAGAACAUUCCAAGGAAAUAUUUAGAGAUGGAAUCAAUCAAUAUAAAUUAGUAGGAUUUAUAUCACAUAUGGGUACAUCAACAAUGGUAGGACAUUAUGUAUGCCAUCUUUUGAAAAAUAAUCGAUGGGUGAUAUAUAAUGAUGAUAAAGUUGCAUUAUCUGAAAAUCCACCAAAAGAAUUAGGAUAUAUAUAUUUAUAUCAACGCAUUGAUUAGAUUAUACAAUUAUUUUGUAUAAAAAAUGUAUUCUAUUACACUUCAACAAUAAAAAAUAUAAUAAAUAAA